AUGAAAUCGUCUCUGUACGUUUAUAUUUUACUUUUUUCAAUCUCAUCAACCGUAGCGGUUCAAUUGGACGGAACUUGCUCAAAUAAUGCUCCAUGCGAGGGCUCCAAUGUUAUUUGUACAAAUGGAAAAUGUCAAUGUAAUUUUCCAGCAUAUGUUCCAUGUAGAUCUCAAUGUGAAUUAAAUCGAAAUUAUGCUUACGAAGGAGAUUCUUGCGAAGUAACUGAAAACUGCAUAAGUUAUGCCAUUUGUGCUGGAAAAAAAUGCGCGUGCACGUCAGGCUUUACAGCUAAGAGUGGACUUUGUCUUAAAAGUUUGAAUGCUGUCUGUUCAAACGGUACAGAAUGUUGGUCACAAUAUUGUUCGAGUUCUCGAUGCGCGUGCGCACCGAGUUAUGAACCAAAUGCUGAUAAUAUAUCUUGCAAGGGAAAAUUGGUUAAAAUCUACAAUAAUUGGGCGGAAGCAAAUAGCAAUAGAGAAUUUUGCAUUGAUGAUAGUUCAUGUAUCGAUGCUCUAGCGACUUGUAUUCCUGGUCCACAGAAUACAGUUGGUAAAUUUUGUAAAUGUCCAUCCGGAUAUAGAGUUCAAAAUAAUGAAAACUGUGAAUUAAUCGUUAGCUCACUAUUAUCACCAUUAGAAACAGUCGUAUCUAACUAUGGUGAAUGUGGCUCAUGCGCAGAUGAUAAUGCCGUAUGUGCGAAAGCUGCUGAUGAAACAACAUGUUGGUGUCGUGUGAGUUAUGAGAAAAAAAAUAAUAACUGUGAAAAACAAGCGACAAAACCUUUGCUCAUAUUUCCGAAUGCAAACGAUGUUAAUUUACAUGAUUUUGCUGCUAACUGUAUUGCUGGAAAUAACGAAACAACUAUAGUUGACAAUAAAUUAUGUGUAUGUGCACCAGGUUAUGAAUUCGUAGCUAAUGAUCAAACAUGUGUGAAAACUCAACCUAAAUGGAUCAAUAAUAUGCUAGAAUAUGGCGUUUGUACGCGUAUAACAUCGAACGAUAAUGCCAUAAGUGUUGCUGGUUUAUGUCCUGAACCAUUAACAUGUGAAGCACGCAAAGAUAAACAUGUUUGCACAUGUGGUAGAGGCAAAUUUCUUGAUUUGAACGAUCCAAGUCAAUGUGUAACAUACAUUGGCACGGCAACAAAUUCAACUGCUACUAGAUGUCUAAUCGAAAAUUCGAUACUAAAUAGUACAACUACUGCAUGUGAAUGUAUUGCAGGAUAUAAGGCGGCUGAUGAAAAUCGUAAAUGCGAAGUAAAAUUGUCCUCUGAAGUAUUUCAAUCACCAUGCAACUCAAACCAGUUUAAUAAUACAAUCUGUACGCUUAAAUUUGGUAACACGGCAUUAUUUUGUUCUGUUGGUGAAUGUCGUUGUCCAGGAGUACAAAGUUUUCCGAAUAAACAAAAUACGCGUUGUACUGCAGUAUUAAAUCAAACUCUUGCUACAGUUAGAGCAGAGUGCCCGUCAAAUUCGACUUUACAAGGUUCUCGAUGUGAAUGUAAUUCUGGCUAUCGUCCAUCAAAUGAUUUACGGGAAUGCAUUCCUUUGGCAUUGCAAUUAGUUGAAUACACAGGACCUGCAACUACUUCAAUUGGUGACUUGACAACAGCCGAUUGUCGUGCAAUGUUUAAUGGAUCCGUUGUACCAUACACACGUGACCGUUGCCAAUGUUCAAAUGACUCGUUAAUAAAUGAUGACAAAAGCGGAUGCCGGUACCGACUUGGUGUUACAUUUACAUCUCCGUCCGUUUCAUCAGCAUGUCCUCCGAACAGUAAUAGUAUUGCACAACAGGCAUGCGAGUGCGAUGUUGCCUAUACAGCGAAUGGUGAUAAAUGUGUGCCUAAAUCAAAUCGAGUCUACAAUGAUAAUGAUCCUACAGCACCAAAUAUACCCGGUUUACUGGACAGCGAUUGUGCUAAAUUAUUUGGCUUAAGCGCAGCAAUAGCAAGUAAUGGUAGUUAUUGUAUCUGCAAAUCUUCGGCAUAUUCUGUUAGAAGCAACACCUUUUGUUAUUUACUGAUUAAUCAAACCACUGCCGAUAUAAAAACGCUUCGUGAUUGCCCAGCUAAUACGAAUAUCUUUCCUGAGGGCCCACCUUCGGCAUGUGUAUGUAAACCAGGUUUUUAUAUGUCGUCGGAUAGACGAGAAUGCAGAACAGCUAGUGUUGGUCUCGGUGGUGCUGCAAAUGCUAGUCAAACACGAGCGGCCUGUGUCAAUGUUACAAAUACAGAUUGCGUUGCUAAAUUUGGAGCAAAUGCAUUUUGUCAAGAUGAAACAUGUUUUUGCGAUCGUCAACAAAGCUUUGUAAAUGCAGCUGGCCAAUGUGAACCAUUUUCAAAAUACGUAUUUCCUGGUGAACAUGAACAUCAUCUAUAUGCAUGUACAGCAGCGACAGAUUGCGGUGGCACAGAAAAUGUUGCAUGCGACUAUUUAAAUAGUGGUUCUGAAUAUAAAGUAUGUCAAUGCAAAGAUGGAUCAUUGUUAGAUCCUAACUCGAAAAAAUGCUCUGCAAGCCGUUGUAUAGACAAUUGUAAUGCAGCUUUAAAUUUCGAAUGCCGUGGUUAUGCUUGCGAAUGUAAAACUGGAUACUAUCGAGAUGGUUCCAGAUGUGUGCAAAGUCCAUUCAAACCUCAACUAAAUCAGCCAUGCAAUCAAUCAGCUCUUUGGCAAUAUGCAUUUGCUGCUGAUAAUGGUUCUCUUGAAUGCAAUCUAGCAUGUGAACGUGCUCGAUGUAAACCUGGCUAUAAAGCUGAACAAUCUCAAUGCGUACAAAAUGAAUUGGAAAAUCUAAAAUGUGUAUAUCAAGAAAGUGUUUGCCCGCAAAUUGAUGAAAAUGCAAUUUGUAAUCGAGAUGAAAAUGAAUGCUGGUGUCGACCAUCAUUCUAUCAAUUGGAUAAUGCGUGUGUUCGAGCGGUUGGUUCGCCAUGCCAAUCUGAUGAGCAAUGUGGUGGCAGUAUGAUAUGUAAAGGACAGCGUUGCGAUUGUAAUCCUAAUCAACGUAUACAAGAAAUACUUGAUAAAUAUGGUCGAGUAAUUCGACGUUGUGUGAAUGGUAUUGGCCGAAUACAAUUUAGUCCAGUUGUAAUAUUAUUUUUCAUAUUGGCUCGCACAUUUUUUAUAUAG